GUUUGUUUGCGAGAGGACAGGACGAUUUUGGUACCUCCUCUCAGGAUUACGAGUCCUCGCUGAAUUAAUUACUUCUUUAACCUUCCUUCCUUUUUAAUUUACAAAUCCUUCUAAAACCCUAAUUCAGCGAGGACUCGUAACAAACUCAAAAUUCUCAAUCAAAAUACGAUGGAGAGGGAGAGCAGUGAAGAAGAGAUUGCUACCUCAGGGAUACCAAGAGGAGGCCCAAUCUAUCUCCCCAACAUGGUCGGACAAGUUUCUACAGUGCCCGAGUUUCAAUCUUCGUAUCUCACUCUCCUCCACGAUUUGGAAACUCACUUACCUUCCUCUUCUCACCAAUAUGAUCUCUCAAUUGAUGGUUUAAAGAUUUAUACUGAUGAGGAACUCACUGAUAUGGCUAUGAAGGAAGCCUUUAAGGAAGAUGAUAACCUUUCUUUACAGAUACAAGAUGGUGAUGACGAUGAUUCUCUUUCUCUAAACGAACAGUCUCUCAUCGUUGUUUCUCAUCCUGAAAAUCCAUCAGCUGAGAAUGGAACAAGUAGGAAGAGAAGGAGGACUGUAAAGACAGCUAAGGUGAAGAAGAAGACUGAGGUGAAGAAAAUAGUUAAGAAACCUGAGGAAGCUUAUAUAGCAAAAGUAGAGGAGCUUGCUAAACUCAAACAAAAGCAGGAUGAGGAUAAAGCACAUGUGAGGCUACACUGCUUCAGCGAAACUUGGGAAGAUGCUGAAGAUGCAAGUACAUCUCUAGAAGGCUUUGAGAAGAUGCAAUCUCUCAAGUCCAUUGAUAACUAUACGCUGGUGAAGCCAUCAGACAUCCAGGGGACAGUAGCUACACUAUUUCCUGAAGUCAUUUUGUGUGUUGAGAUUUAUAACAGUCGCAAAUUCAAGAUCCAGGAAUUUUUGGUUCUAGGAAGUCAAAUGUUAACUGAGUUAAAGGACAAGAUACACUGUGUUACAGACCAGGUGAUGCAAAAGGCUGGAAAGUAUGAUCCCUCUGGAUACUUCCUCAUUGAAGAUAUCUUUCACAAUGAUUUAAGGAAUCGCUCGGCCACAGAUUACAGCAAACCUAUAUUGAAUUGGUUAUGGAACUCAAAAGAUGAAGCACUUAAAAAGUGGGAAGGCAUUAUAACCGGAGAGCUACAGCAAAAGCAGAGAACGGCUCUAGGAGUAACGAAAGCCAUGGAUUUACCUCGUUUUGGAUCUGCAGAGAUGCAGCGUACACGCUUCUGUGAUUUAAGAUUCAGACUCGGAGCUAGUUAUCUUUACUGUCAUCAGGGAGAUUGCAAGCACAUGAUAGUAAUAAGGGACAUGAGGCUGAGUCAUCCAGAGGAUGUUCAGAACAGAGCGGCUUACCCGAGACUGAUAUAUCAGUUAAAAACGAGAGCUCAGAAAUGCAGCGUUUGUAAGAUAUAUAGAGCUUCUAAGGUUGUAUUGGAUGACAAGUGGGGAAAUGAGAAUCAUUGCUAUUUCUGUGAUACUUGUUUUGGCCAUCUGCACAACGAGGAAGGUCCUCUGUGUUGUGACGUCCCAGUCUUUGAUUAUGUGUAUGAGUAGAGAGAUUUGUCUCCUUACAGAAUCAUUAGAAGAUUGAAAGAAGAAGAAUAUACUUGUAAAUGCACGAAACAUGAGUCUUUUUUUUUUCUUCUUUUCUUGUUUACACAAUACAAAAAAUAAAUAGAAAUGUUUAUGUUUAGCUUAUCUGAAAUAGAGGAGAUUCCUUGAAUUUCUGGUACCUCUCUCUGUCUUCUCAAAUUCAAAACCGAA